GCGGACGAGGGUGUCCGGAGCUCUGGGAGGGAGGCCAGGCCCCACGGGCCUACUGGGCCGCUGCUCAGGGGAAGCGGUUUGCAGCCCUUUCUGCCGCCGGUGGCGGAGGCGGCGGCGGGGAGAUGGAAGACCCAGGGUCGGAGAUAAUAGAAUGUGUCCCUCCAGCUGGGCCUGAGGCGUCCGAGUCAACACCCGAGGAAAAUGAAGAUGACAUUCAGUUUGUUAGUGAGGGACUAUCAAGACCUGUUCUUGAAUACAUUGAUCUGGUCUGUGGUGAUGAUAAAGAGCAUAGCACCUAUCAUAGUGAUCUACACAUCAAUUUAAAAAUUCAAGUAUAUAAAAACUUAAAGGUAAACUAUUGUGGAUUGUCUAAGUCUAAGGAAUCAAAUUUCAAAUAUGUUGAACAACCAGUCAUUGAAGAAAAGCCAUCAUGUUCAUCAAAGGAAGAAAUGGAUAAUCUUGUGCUUCCAGAUUGUUGGAAUGAAAAACAAGCAUUUAUGUUUGCAGAACAGUACAAAUGGCUUGAAAUAAAAGAAGGUAAAUUAGGAUGUAAGGAUUGCUCAACAGUUCGGCAUUUGGGAUUGAAAGCAGAAAAGCAUGUCCAUGUGUCCAAGGAGUGGAUUGCAUAUUUAGUAACCCCUAACGGCAGUAAUAAAACUACUAGACAAGCUUCUCUGCGAAAAAUUAGGGAACAUGAUGUUUCUAAAGCCCAUGGUAAAAUUCAGGAUUUGUUAAAGGAAUCAAUUAAUGACUCAGUUUCUAAUUUAGUGCAUAAACAAAGUAAUAAAAAUAUUGAUGCUACUGUGAAAGUUUUCAAUACUGUUUAUAGUUUAAUAAAACAUAGUAGACCUUUAUCUGAUAUUGAAGGGGCAAUAGAAUUACAAGAGAAAAAUGGAGAGGUCAGUUGUUUAAAUACACGAUACGGUGCAACAAGAAUAGCAAAGCAUAUUGCAAAAGAAAUAAAGAUGACGAUAUUUAAGAAUAUUAUAGAAGAAAAUGCCAAAAUCUGUAUUGUAAUUGAUGAGGCAUCCACAGUUUCAAAGAAAAGGACCUUCGUGAUUUAUCUCCAGCGCACAGUUCAGUCGGUUCCUGCACCCGUAAUGUUAUUUGUUGCUUUGAAAGAAUUGGUGUCAACCACAGCAGAGUGUAUUUUCAAUACAUUAUUGAGUACUUUAAAUGAUUGUGGUUUCACUAAUGAAUAUUUGAAAGCAAAUUUAAUUGCAUUUUGUUCUGAUGGUGCUAAUACAGUGCUGGGAAGAAAGUCUGGAGUAGCUACAAAGUUGUUAGAAAAUUUUCCUGAAAUCAUUAUUUGGAACUGUUUAAACCAUCGAUUGCACUUGUCCCUUGAUGAUUCAAUAUCUGAAAUAAAACAGGUGACUCAUUUAAAAAUAUUUCUCCAUAAAAUUUAUUCUAAUUAUCAUCAAUCUAAUAAAAAUCAAAACAAGCUUUUAGAAAAUGUAGCUAAAGAUCUUGAAAUUGAAAUUGUUAAAAUUGGCCGGAUAAUGGGACCAAAAUGGGCGGCAUGUAGUUUACAAGCUGCUACUGCUGUAUGGCGUGCAUAUCCUGUAUUAUAUAUGCAUUUUUCUCAUUCUCAUUCUGGUUUGGCAAAGAGAUUAGCUAACAUUAAUUUCUUGCAAGACCUUGCUUUAAUGAUUGACAUUCUUGAAGAAUUCUCACUACUUUCAACUGCAUUACAGUCAAGCUCAGCUAACAUUCAGAAAGCACAAAAAUUGAUCAAACGUACCAUAAAAGCCUUGGAAAAUUUAAAAAGUGGUGCUGGAAAGCAUGAAUCUCAAAUUGAAGGUUUGAUUAAGUCAGAUAAGUUUAAAGAUAUUCCAUUUAAUAAAAAUAAUAAAUUUAAUGCCCUUCCUAGGAACAUGUUACUAGAAAAUAUAAUUCAACACAUGAACUUACGUCUUUUAUCUGACAGGAACCAUGAUGAAAGUAUUUUUAAUUAUUUUGAUUUGCUAGAACCUUCUACAUGGCCUUAUGAAGAAAUAACUUCACCAUGGAUAACUGGUGAAAAAAAAUUAUUUCAUUUGUGUGAAAUUUUAAAAUUCGAAAUUGAUUUGAAUGAUUUUCGGGAAUUUGUAAAUAAUGUAAAGUCAAACAAUGUUUCAAUUCCUACAACCGUACAAAAAGCUAAAAAGAUAGUUAGCACCAUUGCAGUCAAUAGUGCUGAAGCUGAAAGAGGUUUCAAUUUAAUGAACAUAAUUUGUACAAGGGUGAGAAAUAGUUUAACAGUAGGUCAUAUAUCAGAUUUAAUGACUAUAAGUUUGUUGGGAAAAGAGUUAGCUGAUUGGGAUGCAACUCCCUUUGUAAGAUCCUGGUCAAAUUGCAAUCACAGAUUAGCUACAGAUACAAGAGUUCGACAAAAGUCAACAAAAGUCUAUGAGAAUCAGUUGGCUAUAUGGAACGUACAAUAAAGAGUAUUGUGUGGGAAUUCCCCGGUUAGGUCUUGGCGCUUUCACUGCCAUGGCCUGGGUUCAAUGCCUGGUCAAGGAACUA